GGCAUCACCAACACUCGAACGACUUCAUUAUGGCAACAGCCAAUGACGACAGAAUCAUUUUGGAACGUAUGCGGUUCGAGCGCGAUCUACACAUUCUGCUUGCUCAUGCAGCAAACAGUCAUCAGUUUGAAUCAGCUUCAUAUGCCUUCCAUAAUCUCUCUCUCUCAUCGUACUGCUCUGGCUGGAAGCCCCUCUUGCCUACUAUUUCCUUCAGCUGCCAUCCACAGCCAUACUUCUCACACUUCAUAGGAGCACAGGAUAGCCAGAGACUCCAUUCCCGAAGGAUUCCGGAUUUUGCAGCUAUUAUCGCCGAACUUUCCCUUCCUCCCAGUCUUGUGUUUUGGACAGAAGUCAAGCCUUUGAUAGAACACCAAUGGGACAGUGCAUUUGGUCUCGGCGACACCACCGAAACCCUGGAAUCUAUUAUGGCGGCUGCGGAAGCAGAAUUCUUUGGUGCGAUUAUUCAGGUCAAUGAACAAGCAUUAUUUUCCUUUCAGAACUUCGAUGGUGAUGUCCACUAUGCAUUUGUCAUGGUCGCCGCUUUUUUCUCGCUUCUGAAGUAUACUAGGCCGAUCGGGUCUGUGCCCAAUGUACAGCCUGCUCCGACCACCAUUCCUCAAAAACGAGCGAGGGCAGAUUCUACUCUCAAAGCAAGGGCUCUUGAGGACAUAGGAGAUCCCAUCUCUAUCGUCCCUGAUGUCUUAUACUUCAAUGUGCCUAUGUUCAUGGUUGGCCAAGGUCUCAAUCCUAUGUACCUGCGGGCACUCAGUGUUGUCGCCGACUCCUCAGCAAAGCUUCGUAGCCACUUUGAGGAGCCCUCGUUGUUCCGUGUCCCACCCAAUGCCCCUGAACCUUCGGAACAGUCAUUGGUGAGGGGGCGGAAUCUGGUUCGGGAUGCAUUGGAGAAUGAACGAGAGAGACCUUCGCCGUCCGCUUCCACUCAGACGGGUUCUCCUGACGCAUCGUCAGCGGCCGGGUCAUCUUUCACACAAUCUGAAGGCAGACCUCGCAAAACAGCACGAACGGCCCUAUUUUCUCCGAUCCAGACGCGCUCCCGCACGAGAUCAGAGUACCUAGCAGAGACCGCGCGAGCCAAGCAGCUAGCAGUGCAGAAGGCCAAAGAGGUCUUACAAGCUCUAGAAGAAGAAAACGAAGAGGCCCAACGGGACGCAUAUCAUAAGGAAAGGGCAGAAAAGAGCGUCUCGAAGGAUGCUCCCAUGUCUCCCUUGACUUCCCCUCCCUCGUCCCCACCGCUUUUAUCGACUCCUCGUGGGGGGGUCUUCCAGAACACGAUCAUGCAGUCCGUCGACGCCCUGCUUGCGUUAAACGACCUUCUUGCGGAGCAGCAGACCCCCUCGACCCCGUCUAGGAGAGGCGCUCGCGACGAAGACGUGUCCAUGCCAGCUGCCGGGCCAUCUCGCCAACCCAUAUUCGCCACCCCGCCUGCGCGCACAAGUGCCCACCGCGACGAACCUCGCACCGUCCUUGGGUCUCUCAUCGAGACCCUACCGCAAGUCGAACUCCCUCAAAAUUCUCCAGCUCCCAGUGGAAAGGGAAAGGGCAAGGGCAAGGCUCGUCCUAAAUAGACUUGUUCGAGGAAUGUACAUACGGAACACGUUAGUUGUAGAAUCAUCGGAAGAUCUCGAGCUGGGAUAGCGUACGUACUACUACUCCAGCGACUUGUAAAUUCAUGUAGCGGUUCAAAGUCAAUUGUUUUGCGACUCCG